ACAGAUGUUUUCCGUUUUUUUGCUCAUCGUUCACACUCCAAUCCAGCAGGUGGCGUUAAAAGCGCCGAAAGGUGACUUUCAUACAAGAAAGUUAGUGUAGAUCUGAAGCGUGUUUUUCGAGCUCCCGAGAGUGUCAUGCAGUGCUUGUUGUGAGUGUUGCACUUUCAUUGUGUCAUAGUCUCGCAUUUCUUUUUCUCGGAAACAUGUCUCUAACCGCGAAAUGCUGCAGGUCAGUCAUGGCGGUCAGACCAAAUGUAUUGUAUUUGAGGAGAUCCUGCGUGCUGUUUUCCACCGGCGUUAGUCCGGCUGACGCAGGGAGAGCGGGCUCGGGGUCACAGAAACAGUGGAGAAGGCGGCAGAAGAAAGCGGCUUGGACAGACGACCUGUCCUGGGAGGAGAGGCUGGCCAAUGCGGUCACUCCUCUCUGGAGGCUGAGCUAUGAGGAGCAGCUGGAGCUCAAGCAGGACAAUCAUCGGAGGAUCCUGUCUGAACUCUCAGGAUCUCUUUCAGCUGAUCUCAGGUCAGGUUCACCUGCACCUAAACUCAACUUCCCUCUCCUGCCUGUCCUGCCCUCCCCAGUCAGGGAUGGCUACCGCAACAAAUCCACGUUUUCUGUCAACAGAGGAGUGGAUGGGAAUCCAAAAACAGUUGGAUUUUACCUAGGAACGGCCAGUCGGGGAAGCAUUGUCUGUGUGAACGGAGAUCACCUGCUCAACAUGCCGGAGAAGCACACACUGGUGGCCAGAUGUUACCAGGACUUCAUCCGCCAAUCCUCUCUGGAGCCCUGCCUGCUGUUCCACAUCGGGGGUCAUUGGAGGGAGGUCACGGUGAGGACCAAUGUGCAGGGACACACCAUGGCCAUAGUGUAUUUCCACCCACAGAUGAUGAGCGCAGAGGAAGUGGCUGUUCAUAAGGCUGAGCUGGUGGAGUAUUUCUCAAGGGGUCCUGGAUCAGUCUGUCAGCUCGACUCCCUGUUCUUCCAGGAAAGCACCAUGACUCGCUGCACGCAUGAGGAAUCUCCCUACCAGCUGCUGCACGGUCAGCCAUAUUUAUAUGAGGAGGUCCUGGGCUUCAAGUUCCGCAUAUCUGCCGAUGCUUUCUUCCAGGUGAACCAGGCAGCUGCUCAGGUGCUGUACAACACGGUCAGAGACCUGUGUGUCCCAGAAGCAGCACAAUCAAAAACAGGAAGCACUUUGCUCGACGUGUGCUGCGGCACAGGCACCAUCGGCAUCAUCUCUUCUCCCAGAGUGGACAGGGUCAUCGGCGUUGAGAUCGUAGAGCAGGCGGUGAGAGAUGCCGCCCACAACGCUGCUCUCAAUAACGUAGAAAACUGUGAGUUUCUCCCUGGUAAAGCAGAGGUGGUGCUCCCUGCUCUCAUGUCUCAGUUGAGCUCUGCAACAGGAGCCCUUACCGCCGUGGUGAAUCCGUCUCGAGCGGGCCUCCAUCCCAAAGUAGUCAGAGCGCUGAGAAACCAAGCGGCUAUUCGCAGACUGAUCUAUGUGUCCUGUAAGCCGGAUGGAGAGGCGAUGAGGAACUUCAAGGAGCUUUGCUGUGCUCCUAAUCAAGAAAAGAAGCUCACAGGAGACGCUUUUUCUCCCACUCUGGCUGUCCCUGUGGACAUGUUCCCACAUACUCCUCAUUGUGAACUGGUGCUUCUGUUUGAGAGGUAGCGCGUGUCAUUGUUUUGUACUUCCUGUCUUAACUAGCCUGACUGGAGUUGAUUAAUGCUAGAUUAUGGCAGAUUAAUUUAAUGCUACAUUAUUUUAAUAUGUAUGUUUUCAGAACUGUGUGGUGAUGCAAAGAUGCUUUAAGUUAUUAUGUUUUUAAAUGAAGACAUUAUCAUGUUUGCUCAUUGAUUUGGUUUUCUUGCACAUGUAAGCAAAGACAAGUACGGUGGAUUUCCUUCUUAUUUCUAGCCCAAGCUUCAAAACUGGUAGACAGACAUAAAAUAAAAAUGAACCUAUUGUUUAGGUUUUUCAUCUCA